GACCUCGAAGGUGCAUAUUGCAUCACCGCUAUCCAUGAAGCUCUGGCACUGUCUGAUAUUGGGGAUGAGAGGAAGAUGUUCUUGAUUGGUACCCACGUGGCAGAAGACGGCUCUGAGAUCUCCUCCAGCAUGAAGGAUGCCAAGGAGCUGAUAGCGCAGCUGGUUUUGGAUACACAGUGA